CGUGAUGCGAAGUGUUAUACUGUCGCCGGUGUUGCGCUGCGGAGCUGAAGCAGCCGCAUGUUGAUAAAGCCACUUUUUUGUAUUUGCAUCGUAUUAGGCUCCGCGAACUUGACCAGUUGUUGGGAAGUCAGUGGGCCUUAAGUCGUUGCUCAUAUAUACGUUUGUUGAAGGUAUUUUCCCUUUUUUAUACGGCGAGUUUUGGACAGGUGGUUCAGUCCAGCAACUCAAAGGUAUGAAGCUUGGUUCAAUUAGGCUAACCUUGAAUUUAGGCACAACUCAAGAACUAUGAAUGUCCGAACAGCUACCCCUGAUGACCUGAUGAACAUGCAACAUUGUAAUCUGCUAUGUCUACCAGAAAACUACCUGAUGAAGUAUUAUUUCUACCAUGCCCUGUCCUGGCCACAGCUCAGCUAUGUUGCAGAAGAUGAGAGAGGUAACAUUGUUGGGUAUGUACUAGCCAAGAUGGAGGAGGAGACAGAGGACGACGAUGACCGCCAUGGCCACAUCACAUCUCUGGCCGUCAAGCGCUCGCACCGGCGGCUCGGACUGGCGCAGAAGCUGAUGGACCAGACAGCCCGCGCCAUGAUCGAGGUGUUCAACGCCAAGUACGUCAGCCUGCACGUGCGCAAGAGCAACCGGGCUGCUCUGAACCUCUACAACAACACACUCAAGUUCAGCAAGUCGGACAUCGAGCCCAAGUACUACGCGGACGGCGAGGACGCGUAUGCCAUGCGCCGGGACCUGGUGGAGUUCGCGCGACAGAACGGCAUCACGCCCGCCAACCCGGAGACGUUCUUCAAGACGUCGUCCGACCGGCGUCGACACGAGGAGAAGGAGUAGCGAGACUGGUGCGAGGCGUGCGUGGCCGGACUGCAGGGAGGACCGGGCCACAGAGUCACGGCGGAAGGCCCGUCCAGGACUGUCGCUUGCCGGGACGUUGGUGAUGUGGUGUCGAAUCGAGAUGGGCUCGGUAUUUGUGGGUAUUGCUGUCAUCGUGUGCGAAUAAAAGGCUUCAUUGAGCGCUA